AUGUCAAUUCCACCAUUCAAAGUCAAGGCAAUAUUCGAAUACACCUCUCCACACGAAGAUGAUCUUCACUUCGCGAGCGGACAGAUAAUCACAGUGACGGAUGAGGAAGAUGAGGACUGGUACAAUGGCGAAUACGUUGACGCUUCCGGCGUGAAGCAGGAGGGCAUUUUCCCUAGGAAUUUCGUGGAGAAAUAUGAACCUACUGCUCCUCCGAGGCCGACUCGUAUUAGCCGUCCAAAGAAAGAGGCCGACCCUCCUGAACCCGCACCCGCACCUGUACCAGCACCCGAGCCUGCACUCGAGCCAGAGGAACCAGAGCCUCAAGUACAAGCUCCUCCCAUUGCCAGGGAGCCAAGUCCCAAACCUGAGGCGGUAUCAGCUCCGGUGGUUCCUAAGCCUGCAGAAGCUUCUCCCCCAACUGCUCCUAAGCCUGCAUCCUCCUCGAAGCCAGCUCCUCCACCCGUAUCCGAAAAGCCCAGUGGCAGCUCCUUCAGAGAUCGUAUUGCAGCAUUUAACAAAGCAGCACCACCUGUUGCUCCAUUUAAACCUGGCGGAUUGAGCUCCGGAGGAUCAAACAGCUUUAUCAAGAAACCUUUCGUUGCGCCACCUCCGAGUAAGAAUGCAUACGUACCGAUACCUCGCGAACCCCCGCCGCAGUUAAUAUACAAACGAGAGGAGGAUCCCGAGAUAGCAGCCAGAGAAUCGGAAAAUCUUGAGCAGGCAGAAAAGGCGGGAUUGGCACCUUCAUCUAACGAUGCCGAUGCUGAGGAACAGCCUAAACCCACCAGCCUCAAAGAGCGAAUUGCACUAUUGCAGAAGCAGCAAGCAGAGCAAGCUGCUCGACAUGCAGACGCAGCACAGAAGAAGGAAAAGCCAAAACGCCCAGCCAAGAAGAAAACAGAAUCGAACAACACGGAGGGGGCUGAGGAGGGUGAGGGAUCUACAUUGGAAAGACGAGACACUGAAGAGACUGCUGGGAAGCAUUCAAUGGAUUCGUUGAGGGAGGAGCCCAAUCUGCCUAGAAGAACCAAGUCUUCAAGAAGUGCUGCUACUCCCGGUCACAAUCGGAAGUCAUCGGCCGAUGGCAAUGACGCAGAUAUGUCAGGAGCCGGUGAUACAACUGAAGAGCCCGAAGAAAUGUCUACGGGCCGGGAUGACAGCGACGAAAGGCCCAAAAGCAGGGCUCCUCCGCCCCGUGAGCCCGACGUUGGGGAAGAAGAGGGGGCUUCUGAGGAACCGGAAGACGAAGCUGACGAGGAUGAAGAGGAAGAUGACAUCGACCCCGAAAUUCGACGAAAGGAAGAAUUACGGGCACGUAUGGCCAAGAUGAGUGGCGGGAUGGGAAUGCAUGGCAUGUUUGGACCACCUAUAGGCAUGCCAAUGCCAGGUCCGGCAUUGCCCAAAAAGAAGAAAUCCACUGGUACCAGCGAGAGGCGCUCCAGCGAACAGGGAGAAGAUGUACCAUCCCCAACCACACGCGCACCUCCUGUCCCUAUGAUUCCACUGCCUGGGUUGUCUAUGCCGGGGAUGACUAGAGUUCGUAGUCCAGAGGAGAUCGACAAAAAGCUCGAGGACGAUGAUGAUCAAACCCCUGUUGUCAAGGCUAGACCGGCUAGCGAGAUAGCGGACGUUGAAGAGGUUGUUCCUGAAAGAGGUGCUCCCCCGCCGCCGGUACCAGGAGGAAGACCCGCACCUCCUCCGGUACCAAAAGAAUCACGGCCUGUUGCUCCGCCUCCUCCACAGCCUACGAACCCAAGCGCUGGAUCCGAAUCAGAUGAUGAGCUAUCUGAACAUGCUCACAACCUGUCUUUGAUAACGCCCACAGCGGAAGCGCCUCGUCCUCCAACAAGAGCCCCCGAAGGACCGGGGUCUCCAACUUCAAAAAGAGUAUCUUACUUUUCAGCCGAUCCCCCUAUUCCUUCGUCUCCCACGGUACCAGGGGGUAAUAAAGAAAAACGGGCCAGCAGAAUACCUCCAAUUCCCGGAGCCGCUACGCCUGUCGCUGCUCCUCAGAGUCGGGCGCCACCACCUCCACCUCCCACAGGACCUUUGAGUCGAUCAUCAACUGGUGACCAGCAAGUUUUGUCGUCUCCAAAGCAUGUACCUCAAGAACCAAGCGACGAGGGAGAAGUUACAGAAUACGAAGGCGAUUACGAUACUGAUAUUGCCCCUACCGCGCUGCAUAAGGAUGCUCUAAAGGCCCACGCAAAAGAGUCAAGCUUCGAUGACGUUACCUCUGGCCACUCUUCAGUUGGUUCAGCCCCAACGGCGCCACCUUCCAUUCCUUCGGUCUCUGCUCCACGCGGGGCGCCUCCGCCGUUGCCAUCACAACCACCGCCCAAUGCACGACAAUCAUCUGAGAUGCCGAGAGCUGCUCCCCCACCUCCUCCGCCGCAUGCAAAGAUACCGACCCCUCGGGAGCAGGAAGAUGACGAAUAUGACCCUUUCAGAUACACUACCACUAGCGCUCCUACCUUUGGCGGGCCAAUACCUCAGAACGAAAGACGGGAGGAAGAUCUGUACUCAUCGUCGCCGCCAAGAUCUCCUGUGCCACCGCCUCAUGAUCGCGUCGCUCCACCACCACCCCGCGAAGCGCCAGCUGCUAGUGCCAGUCGGGCGCCGGCUCGACAGUCUCUCGAUAUCAGUCGGUCAGCAGCUCCUUCAAGGAGAUCUGUAGACCUUAGUAGAAUGUCCAUGGAUCACGGGUAUGUAGCCAAUGAAGUGGAUCUGGCGAGAGGCUCCCUAUGGUGGACACAGCCCAAUGGUACUCCGCCCGCGUACUUUGGCAGAAAGGAUAUUCUAUAUGAGUUUGAGGAGUCCACUUCGUCAAGCCGGGGUGGAAGGACUACUGUGACGAAGGAGCUCUACAUUCUGUUCCAGGAUUACUCCCAAACCAUCAUCACGGCCCAAUUCGAUGCUCAAGAUCCCGGGGAUGUCAAACUGGAACAAAGACAGGAGCCACCGCCAUCCCGCUUGCGUCAAGACCAACUCGAACAAGCACAUGACAAGUUUGGGCGCCGCAUCUACGAAGCCGUGACAGCCAAGAAGGAGACGGUGGUUGGCGAUGGGACACCCCAGGGCUUGAUCCAGGAGCUUCUCAAGCCCCUCGCGGAUGCUCUCCAGCCUAUCGGCACACGUGCGUACGGCGCUGUCGUCUACGCCAAUCUUGCCAAUGCCUCCACUCAGCAGAACGACGAGAUCAGACCGGGAGAUAUCAUUUCGCUGCGGAAUGCCAAAUUCCAAGGGAAGCACGGCCCCAUGCAUGCGAAGUACAGUGUGGAAGUCGGCAAGCCGGAUCACGUAGCAGUGGUAGCCGAGUGGGAUGGCACCAAGAAGAAAGUGCGGGCCUGGGAGCAAGGCCGGGAGAGCAAGAAGGUCAAACUCGAGAGCUUCAAACUGGAUGAUCUCAGGAGCGGGGAAGUGAAGAUCUGGAGAGUUAUGCCGCGAAGUUGGGUGGGAUGGUCAGGUCAGAAUUAA